AUGUUAGAGGUAGAAGAAGAAGAUGAACCAGUUAUUAAGAAGAAAACUACUUCUACCAAACUAUCUUCCUCAAAAAACACGACCAAGGUUAUUAAAUCUAGUACAGGUUCGAUCAAGAACCAAACCAAGCUUAUCAACCUUCCUUCUGAUUCAACCAAGAACAAAACCAAGCUCAUUAAAUCCACUUCUGAUGCUUCUACACCCACAAUCAAAUCCCAGCUCAAGAAACUAAAUUCCACUUCAAAAAGCUCAAAUUCUACUACUACAAAGACCAGUUCACUUUUCCCCAAGAAAUCUUCAGAUUUAAACAACUUGAGCUCACCCAAGAACAAAACAACAAAGCCCACCAUGACUAGUAAAGAAACCAAAACCAAAGCCCAGUUGGAAAAGAGCGUCACUCAAUCCAAAUCCAAAAACCCAGAAACAAUUCAGCCCAAGAAGGCCCAAAAACAGUCACAACCAAGCUGGAUUGAUCAAGAUGAUGAAGAUGACUUUGUUUCUGGGUUCAGAGACCUCCCAUCCAAGUUUCAAGAAACUCUCUUGCCAGAUUUGGAAAGAAUUUCCAAAACCUCAAAAGUUUAUCUUACAAAAUAUAAUAAAGAGUUUACCAAAGGAUUCAAACCUUAUGUUGGGAACAAAUAUGCACCCACGAUUGCCUCCAUAGCCUCAUUUGCCUUUAUUUUGAUCCCACUACUUCUUGUUUCUCUAAUUUUUAAUAGAAUCAAAGCCUAUUUUUCACUCCAAAAGCUCUUGAUUUUUAUCCAGGCUUAUUUAGCCAUAUACUUCUCCAUACUCUGCUUAUCUUCAUUGGUCACUGGGCUUGAGCCUGUCAAGUUUUUUUACGCAACUUCGCAGUCCACCUAUGUGUGUGUUCAAGUGUUGCAAACUCUUGCUUAUGUGUUGUAUCUCUUGCUGCUGUUGAUGUACUUGAUCUUGGUGUUCUCUACUGAAACUGGGCUGGCCUUCAAGAUACUGGGCCUGGGCCAGACCUUUGUGGGCUUUGCUGUUGGGCUGCACUAUUACGUGACAGUGUUUCACAGGGCUGUGUUGCAUCAGCCGCCCAAGACUAGUUGGAAGGUACACGCACUUUAUGCCACGUGUUUCCUUGUCAUUUGUUUACUAGGUAGGGUUGAUAGGAGGAAGAAGGCCUACGUAGAAGAUGAUGGUGAAGAGGGCAAAAAGAGUUAG